UUUACGUCAACUCAAAAUCGAAGUGGAUUUCCACAGGCGUACACUCCUUAUUUUCUGUAUUUCCAAUUCACAUUUUGUACAGACCUUCCUGAACACAGUAUUUUUUUGAAACAACAGAGACACACCACUGUAAAAGAAUAUCGUGAAAGAACACCGCCCACGGGAUGGACAUCUCCGCUUGUUUGAGCUGAGCAGCGGUAGCUGCAUCUGUUAGCGCUAGCGCCGAGCUCUCUGUCCCGUCGAGCUAGCUAUGCGUUAGCACGGCUGGCUAACAGGUGACACCCGACCAAGUUCCCGGAUAUUUGAACCUCAAGACAUUUUCCCAAAUAUCCACACAACGAUAACUGCCUGUAGUUCCUCCAACACCUGAACCAUGUGAGGGCCCCUCGGUCCAGUCUGAGGGGAUCCCAGGACUGUUGAAAAGAUAACCCUGCUGUGCAGGGCUGGACUUAUCCUCUCUCUGUCUGAGAGAGCAGCCUAGCCACAUCAACACAUUCCUGAUCUCCUUGCAAAGGAGACACGCCAUGAUGUUCCGAGACCAGGUAGGUAUCCUCACAGAUUGGUUCAAAGGCUGGAAUGAGUGUGAACAGACGGUGGCACUCUUGUCCCUGCUGAAGAGGGUCUCCCGCACCCAAGCUCGCUUCCUACACAUCUGCCUUGAACACUGGCUGGCAGACUGUACAGAGAUUCACAUCCUUGAAGCUGAGGCUAACAAUGCAGCAAUUGUCAGCCAGUGGCAUCAGGAGCCGAAAGAAAAAGUGGUGUCCCUCCUGUUGUCCCAUUUGCCACUGCUUCAGCCACGUAAUAGUGAGGCCAAAUGUGAAUAUAUGAAGCUGCUGCAAAAAGUGUUGAGCCACACUAUUGAAAGUAGCCUCUUUGUAGAAGAAAGCAGACAACUGCUUUCCUACGCACUCAUCCACCCUGCCACCACACUGGAUGACCGCACCUCCCUGGCUAUGUGGCUAAACCACCUGGAGGAGCACCUUUCCAGUGGCUAUGCACCUCGGGCACCUUCCAGCCCAUACCACCCACGCCAGGGCUCAGAUGAAUGGCCAAGCUCUGCUGAGGCUUUGGAUCCUGGGAAUGCGUGGCAAGACAAGUCUCCUUCAUCUAGCACAUCUCCAGCAGGGCAGAACGGACAUGUGCCUUUCCCAGGCGGGAUGUCCUCACCCAUCAACAGCAAUAGUACAGGUUUGGUUGGGCAGAUGCAACCUAGCCCUCUAAAGAAGUCCAUGUCCAUUACAUCAAGCCCCCAGGCUUUUGGCUCUGAGUGGAUAUGCCAGGAUGACACUGGGGGGCGACAGAACUUCCUUCCACCAGACCACGCACCCCUUUCACCCCAGAGCAGUGUAGCUUCUUCAGGCAGCGAGCAGACAGAAGAGCAGGGCUCCGCUCGCAACACCUUCCAAGAGGAUGGCAGUGGCAUGAAAGAUGUUCCAACAUGGUUGAAGAGUCUCCGCCUUCACAAAUAUGCAUCACUAUUCUCACAGAUGACUUAUGAGGAGAUGAUGAUUCUCACAGAACAUCAUCUGGAGUCUCAGAAUGUCACGAAAGGAGCGCGACAUAAGAUUGCUUUGAGUAUCCAGAAACUUCGAGAAAGGCAAAGCGUACUCAAGUCUUUAGAAAAGGAUAUUUUGGAGGGGGGAAACAUGCGCAAUGCCCUCCAGGAGCUUCAACAGAUCAUCAUCACACCCAUUAAGGCAAAUGCAGCACAGUCUGCCAUGGACAAGGCCACGUCUCCAUCAGACGUCACAAAAACAGGAACAGAUAAAGAGCCGGGUUCAGAAAGCUUCCCGUCUCAGAACCCACCCCCUUGUGAUGGAGACUCCUCCACCACACCCAUUUCAGAGGGCGACAUUGCUGGACAGUUCACCCGUGUCAUGGGUAAAGUGUGCACCCAGCUGCUGGUGUCAAGGCCUGAUGAGGAAAAUAUCAGCUGUUACCUUCAGCUCAUCGAGAAAGGUCUCUCACAUGAGGCUUUCACAGAAACACAGAAGAAAAGGUUGGUCUCCUGGAAGCAGCAGGUCCUCAAACUGCUGCGCCUUUUCCCUCGGAAAGCUAUGUUAGACAUGCCUGCAUACCGACAGAAAGGCUGGAAUUAUGGGUCAAACUCCCUCCCCACAGCAGGCUCUGUGAGUGGAGGGGUCGGGCGGCGGGGCCAAAGGCAGUUCCAACUGACCCCUCGUGGACUUCCAGCCGGACGCAUGUGUCUUCCUGGAGGGAUCGGGGGAGCAUCUCCACGCCACACACUCACUAGUCCUGCACUUGCAGCCCAGGGUAGACAAAACUUGUGGUUUGCCAACCCCGGGGGCAGUAACAGCAUGCCAAGUCAGAGUCGCAGCUCAGUGCAGCGGACGCACUCACUCCCUGUCCACACAUCCCCACAAACCAUGCUCAUGUUCCAGCAGCAAGAAUGCCAAGUUCCAGGUGCUGACCUGGAGAUCAACCCCACGCUGGAGUCAUUGUGCCUCAGUAUGACGGAGCAUGCCUUAGGGGAUGGAACAGACCGGACAUCAACAAUAUGAAAAGGACAGAGGGGAAACUACACUUGGGUCGAGGCCUGUUUGGUUCAGCACAAAGAUAAAUGAAUGCUUCAGAAAACCAGGCAAAGCAGUCACUACAAUAUGACAGAAAAAAAAACUGUGUAUAUGUUCUCUAAUAUUUUUGUACUCUAUUAUAUACAACUAAGUUUAUUAUAAAUGGAAUACAGAUGAUUAUUAUAUUGUAGAACAGAAAAAAGGUGAACUGUUUCAGCUGCACCGUGUCACCUGCAGGACUGUGGCAUGAUGUGCAGAGACUCAGUUUACCAUGAUGAGAGAAAAACAGUGGAUUGGUGCUGUCUUUAUGGGAUCUUACCCUGAAUUGCUCUUCUUUUUUCCCGCUGCCUUGGAAUAAGGCAUUCUAUCCCCAUCACACUGACAGCCACAGCCCCUGCACCAUGAAAUUCGUAAAUUCAAAAGACACCCAGCCAGAAAUAAGGCACUUUUUUAUUAAAUUAUCUCGGAUAUCAGGGACUAAACUAUAAUUGGGCUUAUGGUACACUCUGAAAUUCUACAGGUGUUGACUUCCCUGACCAUGCUAAUGUUAUAUGCAGUGCUAGUCAGGGCUUGUGUUGGUUUAAACCUGUAUGGUUUUCCUUGGUUCAUUUUGUCCUCUUGAGAAUUUUCUUUUUUUUUUUUAUUAGUUUUUUUUUUUUUUAGUUUUUGUGACAAAAGCAGGUCAGGGAGUUCCAAAAGAAUCAACGAAAAGUUUGUUAUUCAAUUUCAGGCAUAACUUUAGUCUUAGUUAUUUUCCCCGAACACAUAGUCAAAGUAGGAGUGACUGUCCUCUUCUGAACUUCUACAAAGCCAAAGACGAGGGUUGUGCGAUUGUUAACUUGAGAAAUAUAUUUCUUGUGAAAUGCAGCAAGAUGGUAUAAUUUGUAAAAAAAAAAAAAAAAAAAAGCAGUUUGAAGAAUUAAUGCCAGCUGCAAUUUGUCUCUCUUUAUUUUAAUGCCCUGCUACAUAAAUGAUGAUGAAUCUCAUUUUGUGCCGGGGAAAUCCCAGAGGGACAAGAAAGGGCUGGUGAGGUUUGUACUGUAUGAGCGCUGGCUGGAUGUGGAAUUGAUAAAAGCGAGGAGACCAGAAUUUUCUCAAUUUACAAUCCCAUUCUGGGUGAGAAAGCUAAAUGAAACCCAUCUCAGCACUCUGGCUCCCUUAAGAUUGGCUUUGCAAUGUAAAGCUCGAUCAUGUAAUAAAUGAACGCUUGCAGCGCAACGCUUCACCCUCGCGGCACCCUCUUCCUCAAAUGGCCAAUGUGAUGAUUUGAUGAAUCAUGAAUCUUUUCAAGGUGCUUGACAGUGUCCAUGUUUUUUUUCUGUUUGUGUCUUGGUGUGUUUCAGUCUCAGCCCUAACAUUAUCAUGUGGUAUCAGUGUUGAAUCAAAAGCUGUCUUAUACUGCCUCUGUCUUUGAAUGUGGCAGAGCCGGAGGUGCAUGUAUGUGUAAUGUGGUCUUACUUUUGGAUCACUUUUGGUUGCUUCAUAAGGCAGGGAAACCCAUUCACAUAUUAUUUCAGCAGAGCCAUAGGAGGUCUGUCUAGUAAAGGUGGUUAUUUGCAGAUAUCUUUUCCAAUUGUAUUUUUUACUCUCCCUUGAUAUUGAUAACUUAUGCUUAUUUUCUAUAUUUGCAUGUUUUGACACACUAAUACAGCACUGUUGUAGAUGGAGAACAUGAUGGUUGAUGGUGCCCGGUGUCGCCAACAGCUGAGAGCAGAGAUACUGCAACUAAUGUUGUAUGUUUAUAUCGCCUAAAUGUCACUGUUUACAUCUCUCUGGGAUAAUGCCCAAUUCAUAUUAUGUGAUGAAUAAUCCAUUGUCUCACUAUGUAACACAUGAAAGAACUGAAGCCUUCUCACACAUGAGGUGGCGUGGUAGAGCCUGAAAAUAAGUCUGCUACAGCCCCUCCUUCACCCAAAUCUGUGGACUCCAUAUGAGUCUCACUAGAUUUUUCAAGUUGCACCUACAGUAUGAGGCUUGCAACAUCUGCUUUUUGGUCAUGUGGUUAUGAGAAAGAAAAGCUUCUUUUACCUGGUGAUUAAACUGUUAGCCAUCAUGUCCUGAUAAAUCGUUCAUGUGGUGCCUGAAAUUCUCAGCUCCAGCAUCCUCAAAAUGUUUUAUUUUAAUAGUGGUUGUAUUCUAGUCAUGGAUUUCUUCAGAGCAGGCUCUUGGAUAGAUCUGACUUAGUAAAAGCAUUAUACUCAAGUCCACAAAGGACUCCACAUGAGUUAACGAUGCUGGCUUUAAGACACGCUGUCUGGUUUUUAACUAUUCACUAUACUGUUGAUCAACUAUGUUGUUACAGAUGACUCAGAUCAUCCUUUUCAUAACGUCUGCUGCUUUGAACAACCUACCUAUUGCUUCGAAUAGAUACAGAGGUACAAUACAGAGUUCUGCCAGUGAAUGUUCAUAAUGAUGCAGCAGGGGAUGAAAAUGCUUAUCUGUGUCACAAAUUAUGUGAUAAUGAGUAAACUGAACACUAAUAACAGGCCAAGGAAUAUGUUUACUCCAUGUUUACAUUCCAGUGAUGCGUGAAAUGAGUUGGGAAAUGCACUUCAUAAAUUCAGACUGAUGUAUUUAACAUACCAAGCAUCCACAAUGAGGUACAAAGCUUGUGUCAUAUGGGGAUGUCUAUCACGUGGUCCUGAGGGCAUGUUAAUGUACCUGCCAGGCUUCUAAUUGUUGAAUUAAUGCAGCCAGCUGUAGGUUACACUGCACAUACUGUAGUUUAUCUUGUACAAUUUCUAUCGAAUUCUAAUAACUCCCCUGGACAUUUUCUAAUAUUUUAUGAAAUUUUUUGCAUCACAUGCUUACACUCUACUUUUUUACUGUCACUCAUAUGUGUGAAUGGUCUGAAGUGCAACAUCCGUCGGAUCAUUGACAGUCCAAAUAAAGAGGUUCAGUUCUUUUGCAACUUCACUUGUGCUUUGUCCCCGUGUCUGUUUGCGGCUUAGAUUUUCUUUUUAGAAAGCUGAUUUUUAAGAAAGGAAAACAUCUGUUUCACGGUUGCACGUGGUUACGGUUCAUAGACAUAAAUACGUAGACACCACAUCGAGUGGUUUUGCCCGCUGCUGCGAUACAUCAACGUCGCCGCCAUGUUGGAUGUGGCAAGACUGCGCUGUAAACUAAUACAAGUAAAUUGACUUAUUUUCAU